CGGACUGCAAAUGUGCAAGACACACUUCCAAAUCUGAUCUAGCCUGUUUAUCCUUCAUAAAAUGUUCUUAGUUACCAUUGCUUGAUUUUUUCUCUCUUCAUGCCUUGACCAAAAUCGUAAAUACCAGGUUAUAUUUUACUUCGUUCAUCAUGUGCUUCUUUUGGUGAUGCAGGUCCGUUUGGCUAUGAGGAGCAUACAAAAGGUUACACUUACCACCGGCACCAUUCAAGUACUCCCAAGUCUCAACCGAACACACAUUUAGGUGCAUACCAUUUUAUAUUAGAAGAGAACGCCAAGAAGGUGCAAAGUACAAAGCCAAAAACAAGGACAAACCAAACCAGACAACCUGAAACUAUACAGCACAAAAGAAUGCAAAAGAAAAGAAAGAAGUACAACUGAGCUCUCUAAGCAUCUGAGUGUACUAGAAAGAUGUACAACUUGAAUGCUGGAUGUUUGUGUUUGAGUGUUGAUUAUGCCCCCCUUUACAGAGAAGUAUGGAGUCGUUGAUGUGCUUAAAUCCACUGAAUCACCAGGACAGCAUGCAAAUAUUACCUUGGGUUUCCUGUGGAAUGUAUUCACAUUUAAAAAAUAUCAUACUCUCAUUGAUUUCAUUUGAAUUUUUUGUGUCCCGGUGGGACAUCCAUUACUCGCAAGGGUCACUUGUUUUGGAUUGAUUUCAAACGGAAGAAACUCCAUAACAUUCAGCUGUAGGGAUUCUUUAGUUUCUAGUUUUCUGUUGAAAUGUAACCCUGUUUAUCCGUGAUAAACUGUUCUUACCAUUGCUUGAUCUUUCUCUCUUCAUGCAUUGACAAAAAUCCUCAAUACCACGGUUAUGUUUUACUUAGUUCAUCCUGUGCUUGUUUUGGUAAUGUAGGUCCAUUCGGCUAUGAGGGGGCUUACACAAGGGUAUGUUCUCAUACUUAUUCUGUACUAUGAAUUUCACAGGAUACUUCAGUUAUCUGGUACGGUACCCUUGUUAAUGCAACUUUGACAGUUAGCUUCACCACCAUUCAAGUACUCUCAACUUCCAUCUGAGUGUACCUUUUUCUUCUUGGAACGCACAUUUAGGUGCAUGCCGUUUUUAUAAGAAAAGAACGUCAAAAUGGCGCAAAGUACAAAGCUGAAAAAAGGACAAACCAAACCAAAAAACCUGAAACUAUACAGCACAAAAGAAGGCAAAAGAAAAGAAAGAAGUACAACUGAGCUCUCUAAGCAUCUGAGUGUACUAGGAAGAUCCCAGUUUAAUGAUACGACUAAAAAUGGCUUCUCGCAUGCUCGAAUGAGUGGUUUGCAAGAAACCUUCUUGGUUCAGUCUCGAAAGAGUUGCAGGAAUGCAGCUCCUCACGCACGCUUGUAGCCAGAUAACAUAUCAUCAGUGACACGAGGAAAGAAUCUGCAUAUUCUGAUGGGGGGUAAUCUAAGAGGCUUCCAUUGACCAAAAGAACCUAAAACAGUAGCACCCAGUUUAUUAUGGCAGAAAAAUCAUAUAGGAAAAUUUCUUUAGCUUCCUUGGGUGUUUAGUGGCCAUCACAUUCUUUCCUCUAGUGUUCUGCUUCUGAUCUUUUCCUUAUCUCUGUGUUGGAUCUGACGUGUAACACCAAGUCUUGGCAGCUCAUCCCUAACUAUAUCCAUAUAUUAUCGCAUGUUUUGAAGUUUCUUAUUGUUUUAUUGCAAACUGUUUAUCUAUUCUUGAAGUUUUCUCUUGGCAUUUUCUAUGUGCCAAGAGGUAGCCAUAAUGAUUUUCCUUCCAUUUUCCUAAAGCUUAUGAACAUUUCAUCGUGGCCAUCAUGCAUGCAACUUUGUGGGAAAAAACAUAGAUUCAAAGAAUGCACUGUGGAAAAAGUAAUUCCUUGUGUUGUUUGGAGAAAAGAAGGAAAGGAACGAGUUAAUUACUUCCAUUUAGACACAACCAGGAAGUGUGUCCCCUGGUGGUUUGGGAGGCUGAUUUGAGAGCUUGACAUUCCUCUGUUUCUGUCUUGAGACCAGUGACCUUGGCAAAACAAAAAAGGCCACUUCCUCGAUUAAACUACCGUUCUGAAAAACCUAGUAAAGCGUGUGGUGUUAUCUCAUCGUCUUUGCCUGCCCUUUUCAGAUUUUCAAAUCAUUGUUUGGGAAGUUUUCAAACAAGAUAUCCUGAAGAAUCCUUUUGCAUGGUACUUGCCCCCUUUUCUCCACGAACAACGUGUGAGAAAUAUAUGAACUGUUAGACUAUUUCGAAAAUAAAAAAAAAUCCCUAUUUUUUAGUACUAGAAGAGAUUUUUUUUUUACAUUUAAAGAGUACUAAAGAGUUCGAUAGUUGCAAGGACAUGCAGGUGGCGUCUACAGGCUCUAGGCCAGAAUUUCUGGACUAGCAGAAAGAAUAUUAUAAGUGGUGCUCCACCAACUUUUUUCCUACGUGGAGCGGUGGAGGAUAGCAACAAUCUGUCUGUCAAAUGUUGAAACGUCAUACUGCACCGACCUUUUAGUCCAACUCAGCUCAUAACUGUCAAAUGAAGAUUGGACACCAAAUUAUUUUCCAACUAUAAUUGUCAAAUUAGAACGGGACAUCUCAUUAUUUUCAAACUACAUGUCACCGUCAUCACAGCAGAAAAAGAGAAUCCUCCACUAACCAUCAGCAAGGAUCCUUUCUCGGAACCAACGGUUAAGAUAUCAUCGCAAUCCACAUCGAACGGUCGAUCCUGCACACUACAACUCUGCAAAAAAGCAAAUUUUCACAAGGAAAACCAAUUGACUUGAGAACACGAAAAAUGUUUGCACGUUAAUUCAUCAUGAAGAAGUAGAGAAAUACAAAAGUAUCACCAAGAAAAUGCAAUCAGGAAAACUAAGACAGAAUAUAUCACCAAAAAGUCAAUCUUUUGUUUAGAGUUUUCACCAAUUGGAACUCCUCUUCAGAGUUUGGCGCCAGCACCACACUCCCUUGUGGCCUUGUCUCUAUUUAAAACAGCACCCGAUCCCUCCAUUCUAUUCUCUCCUCUCCUCCCAUUCUUAUUUCCUGAAGCGAAAAAUUCCCAUUAUUUGAAGGAAAAACCAAUCAAAUCUCUCCUUCAUCUAUCCUUAAGAGCUCCUCCACUAGCAAAGCUAAUUGAUCAGUUGUGGGAUCGAUUGAUUCUCCGACGCUCGAUCGUCCAUCAAUGGCGCGGAGGCUUGCAAGCAGCAAGGGAGGCAGCGCGCGUGAGGCGGCGUGCAGCAAGAAGCCGCUGCUGCUGGGCCGGUUCGAGGUCGGGAAGCUCCUCGGCCAGGGCAACUUCGCCAAGGUGUACCACGCCCGCAACGUAGGCACGGGGGAGGAAGUGGCCAUCAAGGUGAUCGAGAAGGAGAAGGUCUUCAAAUCGGGGCUCACGUCCCACAUCAAGCGGGAGAUCGCCGUGCUCCGGCGCGUGCGCCACCCGCACAUCGUGCAGCUCUACGAGGUCAUGGCCACCAAGCUCCGCAUCUACUUCGUCAUGGAGUACGUCCGCGGCGGGGAGCUCUUCGCCAGGGUCUCCAAGGGGCCCUUGCCGGAGCCCGACGCCCGGCGCUACUUCCAGCAGCUGGUCUCCGCCGUCGCCUUCUGCCACGCGCGCGGGGUGUACCACCGGGACAUCAAGCCGGAGAACCUCCUGGUUGACGACGCCGGGGACCUCAAGGUCUCCGACUUCGGGCUCUCGGCGGUCGCCGAGCAGAUGCGGCAUGACGGGCUGUUCCACACCUUCUGCGGCACCCCGGCGUACGUCGCCCCCGAGGUGCUCUCCCGGCGCGGGUACGACGCCGCCAAGGCGGAUCUCUGGUCCUGCGGCGUCGUGCUCUUCGUGCUCGGCGCCGGGUUCCUCCCGUUCCAGGACCGGAACCUCGUCGGCAUGUACCGGAAGAUCCACCGGGGCGAGUUCCGCUGCCCCAGGUGGUUCUCGCCGGACCUCCUCAGGCUCUUGCGCCGUUUGCUGGACACGAAGCCGCAGCGAAGGGCUGCGGUGGAGGAGAUCAUGGAGGAUGCGUGGUUCAAGGUCGGGUUCCGGAGAUUCUCGUUCCGUGUCGAGGAUGAUCGCUCGUUUACUUGCUUCGAUUUGGAGGAUUACCUCGAAGCGCCCACGCCGCCGGACACCCCGCGGACGGCGGAUGAAGGGGAAGACGCUCACGCUGCUGCUGCGUGCGAGGAGGAAGGACCGAGGAAGAAGGAAGGGAGGAGGAUGCUGACGUCAUGUGGGUCGUCACCGUCGUUGCUGGAAGGGGGGUUCGGGCCAAAGCUUGGGGGGAGCUCGAUGCGGCGGUCGAGCCUGAACGCGUUCGAUCUGAUAUCCUUCUCGGCGGGGUUUGAUUUGUCCGGGCUGUUCGAGGAAGAUGGUGGUGGUGGUGGAGGAGGCGGAGAGGCCGUAAGCGAGGGCGGCGCGGCGAGGUUCGUGUCGGCGGCGCCGGCGGAGCGGAUCCUGGCGGCGCUGGAGGGGGCGGCGGCGGCGGCGGGCAUGGCGGCAAGGGCGAGGGAGGACGGGUCCGUGGUCAUAGAGGGGACCCGCGAAGGAGCGCACGGCGCGCUGGCGGUGGCGGCGGAGAUCUACGAGCUCACGGCGGAGCUGGUGGUCGUCGAGGUGCGGCGCAGGGCCGGCGGCACCGCCGAGUACGACGAGUUCUUCCGGGCGCGCCUCAAGCCCGCGUUGCGCCACCUGCUCUGCGACGACGAUAAGCAGCUGCCGCCGCCGUGCAUCGACGCCGCCGACGAACUCUCCCGGAGCGUAUGACGAGAUCGUGGCCGUCCAUCCAGUGGGCGUGCACGUUCUGUUUUGGAUGGUCGCGUAUACACACAGUUAUACGCUGUACAUACUCGUGCAUGUAUCUACAAGAAGUAUAUACGUGCGCGUGCGUACAUACACACAAAUACAGAAUAUAUUUUUUGGGGGUAUAGUGCUGUGCUUUGAAUGGUCUCAAUUUCUGAAGGUUCCAUUCCACGGCAACUACUGUAUGGCAAAGAGCGGAAAAGCACGGUGUGUUGUUUAGGGGAUGAUGUGUGUUAGGCUGUGAAUUUUGGUGAUGUUGCUGUAUGGAUUCACUCUGUAUUUGGACAAGAAGAAAAAUUGAAACAUAUUUAUUCA